UUACGUGCCAGGACGACGGAUUUGUGUCAACACGCGAAACAAUCUGGGUCUUGUGACAUAACCAAAAGCUCAAGGGACACUAACGACUUGUAAAAGGAGCAUGAAAGUGGAAACAAACAUAAACAAUGACUGAAGUAAGCUCAAUGUGGGUAAGAGCCUGGCCGAAGUACGCCGUCGAUCACAACCACUUUGAUCGUAUGCUUGUGACGCGGCUGAAGUAUAUGCUGGCCAACAUCACCAAAGUCAAGAUUCCAAAACACAUUUCAGUUCUGAAUUUCACGCUGCCAACAUGGCUAUCAAGCCGUAAAAUGGGAAAACUUCCUGACAACUGGAGACUAAUAAAUUCCCGCCUUUACGAGCUGGAAAUGGGCCCAUUUGACCUUAGGAAAGGAAUACAAAUACAGGAGUUGUCGAGUCUCCCUUUCACGAUUACAGCAGACGAGGACUCAAUCGUGGAAGACUUUACGGGAGAACAAUUUACUUUCUGUGGGGCGAGUAAGGACAAACUUCUGGCAUAUACACCAGAGCUGAAGUUUUAUCUUUUCAACUUGGAAAAAAGGACCGUGUGUCAGGUUUUACAAUGGCGGCCAAAGGCGUCACCAUGGUUACACCACGCCGCCGCUAACUUCCGGUGCGUGAGUAACGACAAUGGGAACUUCAUGGUGAUCACUGGCCCGUCCGAAUGCACGGGUCACACGCGCGAGAUGGAGCGACUCUUCAUGCUGGUCUGUACGACGAAACUUCUGAACUGUGAGACCAUGGAAUACACGAAUUUGACGUUUCCCACCACCGGUUGGCCAGCCGCCAUUGCCGUUGAUCCCCGGCCCGGAAACGAGCACAUUAUAACGUACGUCGAGGCUAAGAGCAAUGCGCCGGUGAUAGACUUCGAGAGUAUAAUAAACCACGGCCCGCUUAAACAAUACGACGUACUGAAACAAGAAGUGACGUUGACCUACGAAGAGCCAGGCUUCAAUGCGAUGUCAGUGCUUUUAAAGUACUCCCCCGAUGGAGAUCUGAUACUAACACUGGACUACAACCGGGACUUUCAAGAUUACCCGAGUAAGAGGGACCAUGUGCUCAUUUUCCGAUCUGACGUGCUACUUCCGCUUUGUAAGAUCGAGUUCCGGAAGCCGGUGCUUCCGGGUCCGCGGCUCCUGGCGCCGUUCUUGGACCAGGCUAUCAUACAGGAGCACGAGACCCUAAAAACCUACCAGGAGAUAGCACUGAACUUGUUCCCAAUGGUUUCCAACGAUGGCCGCACCGUCGCCUUGCUUUACCUUAAGACUAACGAUAGAGAUCACAUGGACAAUGCGGUAGUGCGCAACUACGUGCUUCCCCCAGUAAUGAGAACCUUAAAGGCUCUCUGUCGAACUGUGAUUCUCCGCAAAUUUACCAGGCGGAAUUUGCAAAAACUCCCCUUACCUCGUGAAUUGAUCAACUAUCUCCAGUGCACGACGAGACCGAUCAAUCCCGGACCAGUGUUCCAACGACGUUUUGAUUGGCAGGAAUAUCAAACAAGAGUAGAAAGUGAAAAACAGCAGUCUGAUAUAUCACCUGCUGACACUACUCCACUAAUAACAUAGGUCGAAUUCUCAGUUGAGUUGUGACUUUACAUAAGUCUUUUGUAUGUAGGAGCGUUUUGUCUCUGUGCUCACACAUGUGUGCGUACACAUGUAUACGCUCCAUAGCCGAAAUUUCUAUAGUAGUCAUUUUUCAUAUUCCUCAUUAACUUCAGUAUACAUGCAGCCACUCCCGAACGUAUCAAUUGUCUUUUAGCAUGAUGGACUGAAUGCGAAGGUCAUCAGCGAUAAUGUUAAUAAGAUAGGAAACCAAAUAUACUGAAAGGUUUCCAUUUUUCGAGAAGGACUUUGACCUGGCAUGGCUUUGAAUACUCGAGUCAAGGUCGCUUAAAGUUAAUUACUAAUCAUCGGUGUCAGUAGAUUCGUCUCUUCAGGUCAGUUCUUAUAUUUGACGUCACUGAAUGCCGAAUGCAAAGAUCUUGAGGUAUUACUUCUUUUUAUUUUUUCAUUGUAUUAAUUGUUGCAUUUUAUAUUUGGGGUCUCUUUGUCAGCAUGUAUAUGCUUGUCUUUUAUCUGUUUAAUUUUACCCGGUUAUGUAGUAUUAUUUUCUUUCUUAUUAAUAUACGUUGCUUUUUUC